AUGCGAUUGUACUCGUCGAGCGUGCUGCUCCUCGGGGCCGCCGCGCUACAGUAUGUCGGGCUCGUCGUGGCCAGGGGCGUCAGAUUCGACUUUGACACCGGCCUCCCCAAGACCCAAACCCAAAAUGGGACAACAAACCUGUUCACAUAUAACGACUUGAAGGCUCAACCCGAACCUAGUCUCCAGGUCCCAUUUUCUGCCAAUGCGACGUUUCGGAUCAGCGAGAUCAGCUUGUUGCGCCAGAGCGACCAGGUCAGCAUAUAUACCGGUGAUGGCAGGAAUAGCUUCAAGGAUAUCAAAAUGGACGUUAAAAUGGGAACGGAGCCGAUUCGACCGAGCACGCAGGUGCCAGCAGGAGCCAUCGUCACGAUAAGUCUUCAGUUGGAGGCAGUGGACAAACUGCUGAAUAGGCCUACCGAGAGCGUCUCGCUGGGUCUCAAUCAGGAUGGCAUGAAGAUCGACUACCCCAAGCCGGUGAUAUUACAUUUUAAGCUCACAUAUAGUCCUGUUCUGUCCUUGGACUCGGGCAUCGGCUCUCGACAAGCAGAGUCUCCUGCAGACAGCACCCUGCCUAUCGCGACCACGAAGCGCUUUGCCUUGACUCGCAUGGACAAGAGCGAUGUGAAUUUCGCAAGGCUCGUGGCCGUGACGGAACCAAUGCUCCGGGAGACCGAUGAUACUCUUAGCCCCGGUGGAUCAACGGGGGACGAAGCAACCGAGACUACAGGGAAUCCGAUGCCCUCGCAGACGGUCCGGCCCGACAGCGGAAGCCUAGCGCCUACGGCUUCCUCGUCACCAUCAAGCAGGAAACUAUCCACUGCAGAAAUCGCAGGCAUUGCUGUAGGCGCUGGCCUGGGAUUCCUCCUGAUAGCAGGGGCACUUGCCUUUUGCAUCCUCCGCCGGCGGCGCAGGAAUGCCGAGGCCACCCACGUGCUUGGAUACAACGGAGGCGGGCGGUCCGGCGAUAUCGUUGCCGAAAAGGAAGCAGCCAACGCCGCCGUGUCCGAGAGCGGGGCUCACUCGCCCUAUUCCGACGACGGCCGUCCUCAUUUCCACCGGGACGGGGCGCUCGCCGGGGCAGCCGCCGAGGCCUCGGUCGCAACCGGGACUGCGGGUCUCAUGGCUGCUCAUCACCAAGACGAACAAUCAGCAGGAGCUGAUUACGCCCCAUACAGCGACCGCCCGUCCAACGUCUCGAUGGCAGACACCGCCGUCGGGUCCGCGUCCGCCAUCGGCACUGCCUCGUCGACGCCGCCCGUGGUACAGCCAAUAUCAACUGCUCCCGGGCCUGCGGGCGCCGCCAUGGCGAUGGAAGGUGAGCGUGUGCCGGUCGUGGGACGGUCAGACACCGCCAUGUCUGGUACCUACGCUCAUCUGGUCGAGGAUGGCAUGACAGCGGCUGAGAUCGCCCGGCUGGAGGACGAGGAGAGGCAGCUGGAUCAGGCGAUCGAGAGGGCGCGGGGUGUAACGACCAAGUAG